AUGGCCAAGGUGGUUCGCCGACGUCUGGAAGAGACGAAGCCAGAUUACCGGAAGCAUACCAUGGACUUCAAGUGGUCUAUAACGAAGAGCGCAGAAGAGAUGCCCCUCCCUCAGUUUGCGCCACGGUUGGGCGUUGAUCCCGAGGCAGACAACCUCCGAGUCCGCCGUUGGCUGGUCCUCAGAGAGUACGAACCCCUGGAGACCAUCGGGACUGCAGAUAACUUCCGUGUUGUGUUCUUUGAUGUUGUUCGCGCGCACCACUGGGUGUACAAGACCUCGAAGAUUCUGCAUCGUAAUGUCAGCCUGAACAACCUUAUGUGGCAUCGACUAGACGGGAGGAUUGUCGGUGUCCUGUGCGAUUGGGACCUUGCGGAAGACCAGAACACGGCCGAGUCCAAGCUCAUUCGUCGAGCUGGAGACAACUCUGAGGUGGUAUGGCGAAUAUCGGAACCAACAGGACGUUCAGCCACAAAGUCGACGGCGGCGUCAUCGACGAGUCUACUCGCCGUCCCCGAGGAUCAAGCAGCGGGGCCGCCUCCCAGCGGGCAUUGGCAACUGUCCGGCACGGCUACAAAGCCACAGGGUACAGACAAGUCGAGGUAUCGCAUCGGCACGGGCGCCUUCAUGGCUAUGGAUCUCUUGCGAGUGGGCGAGCCACCCGUCCACAAGUAUCGGCACGACCUAGAGUUGUUCUUCUACGCCUAUAUCUACUUUGCUGCGACAUACAACCCAGACGAGCAGGCCUUCGGCUACAUCAAGGAUUGGCAGUGUGCUUCCCUCGUCGCCAUCGGGGACAAUAAACGGAGGUUUCUGGAAGAAGAAUCAAUUCGUCGCGACGUAAUGAAAGCCGCCCACGAUACUCUGAAGCCGCUGCUGGACGAGGAUAGCCCUCUGGCGGACCUCCUGGAUGUUUUCCUAGACCUCGAAACCAAGGCGCACUACAUCCGGUCUCUCAGGAGCACUGCGAAGAAGGCGUCCCGCAAUCAAGCCGAAAUUGAAAGGAGGGAGGGGGGAAGGGACGAAACCAUAACGUAUGGCAAUUUCAUGAGGAUCUUGGGGGCGCCCGAGGUUGUUAAUGCGUAAAGGGUGAUGCUGGCUUCCAAAUGGCAUGCACUCAUAGUUUCGCCUUUUUGCCAAACUCGUCCUGUAUCUCUUCACUUCUGGAACUUCACACUAAAGUCACAGUCACUUUAUUUUUGAUGUUCUAUCUAGGGCUUCUACCAGACGCUCUCAUGCCAGUAAGUCACUAGACCUUAUCAUAUGCCGCCGCCGCUGCCAGGAGUCACCGGCACCGUUGCGCAAUGCGCC